AAGUCCUACAGAAGCUGCCUCCCUGAAAAACAGUGGCUGUGGAAAUGCAAGAGCAGAGGGGGAUGACGCAUCGUUACUGGGGAACAAUGUCUUCCUCCUUGUCUAUUAAACAAUCAGGCCUGGUGAGUUUACCAAUCAUAACGUGUACUAGGGCUGGGUGAUAUCAGCUUUUCAAUGUUGUGGUAUAUCACCAGCCAAACAUCACGGUCUGGUGAUACACCGCAAUGUUGAAAAAACAAGCUGCACGGGCCUCAGCCUGCCAGGCGCUGGUUGGAAUUGCUGCACCUCUCAUUGCAGGAGCUGAGGCGGUUUCGCCCCAUGCCAAGUGGGCUGGGACAAGGCAGCUUGUUUGUACAGCUCAGCUGGGGUGCGGGAGGGCUCCCCAUUCCCUGCAGAGCCAUCCCCGGUGCUCUCCCCGCUUGCGCAGGAGCCAGUGCCGGGGAUCCCUUAGCUCAGUGGUGGCAAACCUUUUAGAGAUCAAGUGCCAAGACCGCAACACAAAACCCACUUAUUUAUUGCAAAGUGCCAACACAGCAAAUUAACAUGGAAUUUACAGCAAAAUCUUGACCCCGCAGGUUAGGGAACCAAGGGGACAUUUUGUGGGGUGCUGUGAAAUGGUGAGUUUUGGUGAACAAACCUUGGAGGAGAAACCUUGUAAAGUUGACCUGAAUAGUGAAAUCGACCAGGUGGGGCUUCAGCUUGGGAAGUAGGUGUGUGAUGCGUCAGCUGGAGUAGCCUCAGGUGAGGGUCAGAUGCCUCGUAAAGCCCAGAGUAUCUGACAGGCCUUCGUCCUGGGGACCGCAGUGGGGGGUGGAGGUGGGAGCGGCUGCCCACUUUGCCAACCCCUAGGAAUGGCCCUGCUGGGGCGAUUGUGAAAGUGCCCACAGAGAGGGCGCCGAGUGCUCACCCUGGCAUGUGGUUUGCCACCACUGCCUUAGCUGCUUGGCUGAGUGGAGUGGCAACCACAUACUCCUCAGCCGAGCGGCUUAAAGAUGCAGAGGAAGGAACAAGGUGUAUCGGCCCCUUGCCAGCGCAGCUUUUUCCUCCUGCGAGUGGGAUGGCGGUUUCACUGGGCAAUAUAUCGUUUGUGAAACCGCCACUGCUCCUGAGUCCCUCUGCUAGCAGCGCCGCUGGAAGAAGUCUACCUAAGAUAAGGUAUACCCAAAGAGUACCUCCAUUAGAAUUGUCCAUUAGUCAUUAUGUCCAUUAAUUUCAGCAGGUUUCUGUGAGACAGGCUAACGUUGAGCACCACCCGAUGUGCUAAAAAUUUAGGUAUACCAAAGCAAUAUUGAAAUAUACUCAUCAAGACAAUGAAAGCAAGUAGCCAGUCAAAAGUAAUAAAUGAAUAGCAAAGAACCUACCCACAUGAUACUGACAUAAAAACCUUUCAUGAACUCCGUAUAAAAGAUCAAAAGUUCAAUAUCCCCCCUUCUCUCUCCCCAUCUCUCUUCUCCCAUCUCAUCUUGUCUGUAACAUUAGUGUCUCACAUCAAAUAUAAGUGAUCUGUAGAAAGGACUCUAUGCAUUGAAAGCAGAGACACUGUAUGUACUUUUGUUACCCAAGAAAAUCUUCAAUAAAAACAAUUUAAAACAACAACAAAAAGCAGACACAAGCAGGAAUCCAUGUGUGGAAGUUGCUUUUAUUAAGGUGGAAAGCUAUGUCCUCCUGCACAGUGAGAUCUGCGGGUGUCAAUUAACAUCAAGUUUGCAGCAGCAAUCCUGCAACUUAACGGUUGCUUAUGAAACCCGGCCAAGAGAGGCUCUCUCUGGUCCAACAGAGCACUUCUCUGCCCAGAAGUGGGGCUUCAGCCCCUGCAGUGCAGGCAUUAAAUGCCUUUGCCAAGCUGCCUCCCUUCAGGCGUUUUAGUUUAGAGAAGAGGCAAGUAAGAGGUGAUGUGGGAAAAGUUUAUAAAAUGAUGCCUGGCACACAGGAAGCGGAGAGAGAAGAGUUUUUCUCCCUCUCUCACGACACUAGAACUCUCUGGAGCAUCCAAUGAAGCUGAAUGCUGAAAGAUUUGGGACACAUAAAAUGAAGUCCUCCUUCACGCGGCACAAAGGGAAACUAUGGAGCUCCCCCAGGAGGCAGAGAUGACCACCAAUGUCUUUAAAAAAAGAUUUGACGAAUUCAUGGUGGAGGAGAGGGCUAUCGAUGGCUACUAGCCAGGAUGGCUUUUCUCUGCCUCCACAGUUGAGGCAGCCAGGCUUCUGAAUCCCAGUUGCUGAAGCAGCAGCAGGAGACAGUUGCAUUUGUGCUGCUUACGACUUUCCCACAGGGAAUCGGGCAUCAGGUUGGUCACUGUGAGAACAGGAUGCUGGACUGGAUGGUCCACUGGCCUGAUCCAGCAGGCGCUUACAUUCUGGUAUUCUAAUAAGAGGACUGGGCCUUGCUGCACUUCAAGCCCUCAUGUGGACAUAACCCUGGUCUGCCACGAACCACUGCAGCACCCUGGCCAGUUGAGCAAAAGACGACGUAUAGGGAGCUCCUUGGGUGAGACUUGUUGCACAAGUGUAGGGAGUUUCGUGGCAGCAUUUCAUGCAACACUACAGAAAGCCCGCAUGCUUGAAGACAGAGGGCUGUAUCCAAUGUUAAGCCUCCUCUGAACAGACCUGUUGAAACAAAAGGGCAUAAAUAACUUCAGCCUGUUCAUUUGAGUGGGCCUACUCUGAGGAAAAGUUAGUUGGAAACACCCUCCAAUAUAUAUAUAUAAAUGUCACAGCCCAAGUGAGACUGACUAAUGGUCUUCCACCAGAGUUUCCAACUUUUCCAGAUUUCUUACUUUGUAUUGCAGGAGAUAAACUGUCUUUUUGGAGCAGAUAUAUGUCAGCUGGAUCAAUUUCACCUGGCUGCACAUGACACCAGCCCCCAUGGGAAGACCUGCCUUGGGUUGCCACAAAGUAAACUCUGAUUGGGCUGCCUCGUCCCUGCUGGGACGAUCUCGGUCUCCUGUGGAACAGCAUCAGUCAGUCAGCGACACGAGCCUCAGAUACCUUCCAAGACCCGUGCACACUCUGUCAUGAGAGUGUGUAAAACACCUCACAGUAGAAAGGGCGCAGAGAGAGAUGUGCAAGCAAAACAUACAGCAUUUUAUUCAGCAUAGCUCAGGAACAUAAGAAAACAUGUCUGCUUGCCUCCGUGUCCAGCAAAGCAGCAGUAACACAAAAGCAACAUACAAGGGAAGUUCCCAGCAGACUGUGCUGGACGUAAACAGGCAUGUGAUACUCAACAGUCAUGCCUGACCCUUUUAAGGUGGAAGGGAACUGUAUCCUAACAGUCCCUAGUAGAUUUCCCUUUGAAGUUGGAAAUGAGCGGAAGGGACAUCACUUGGUGGUGGAACAAUCACAGGCCAAUUUUUAUAUUAAAGCAAAUAAGUAAAUGUAAAUGAGUCCUGAAUUGUCCCCUUCCUCCCUUUCUCUCGAGGAGGCAAACGCAGAAGGUCCUUAAAGAAAAGCCCGGCAUCUGGAGGCCUGGUCUUCUUCAGGGUCCCCAGGGAGAGCAAAUGUAGGGCCCAUAGCCCCACCUCCCGCUGUUGCACACUGCCCCCGCCCCCGCCAUCAGAGAAGAGGAAGCGGCAUCAUGUGUGUUCUCCAAAACCACCACAACUCUUCCGAUUUCGCCUCUCUUUCUCGUACUGCCUCACAGAAGGUUUCCUGUUUUGCCCCGCAGCAGGUAAGACAAAUGGAUGUGUGCGCAUGGAAGUGGGCGGUUGCUUCUCUCUUUUUUGGAGCCUGAAGCCACAGACAUUUGCCAGGUUCAGUCCCUUUCGCACCCGGUGCGUGUCCUGUCUGUACAACUGCCGUCUCCCCUGGCUCUGUGGUCUAAGGAAGCUGCCUCCCUCUCUUCACUGGGCUGUUCUGCAUUCGGGGUAUGUAUAUUUUGGGGUGGGGUAAUGAAGUUGCAUUUGGGGGUCACAAGAAAGAGGGUGGCCCAAAGCUGAACUGCGGAGCAGCUCGUUUUGAGGAGAUGUCCAAACCCAGAGGGACCAGGAAGUGCCUCACUCAGAGAUUCAGCCUCUGGGCUGACAGUAACUCAUAUGGUCUACUCUUUGACUUUCCCCUGGACAAUGCUUGCUCUUAAAGAUUAACAAAGAUUAACAAAACAGAAGAAAAUCCCACUGGCAGAGUUUGAGUGCAUUUCAACAGUAGACUGACAGAAAGUAAAAUUAAGCACUUGAAACACUUUAUCUAGAUUUGUAUAAUAGGGUGAAAUGAAAUAAAAGUAGCAUAGAAUAAAAUAAAAUGGGCAGCAACAUCUUCAAACUUAUAGACUUGUCAUAAACUCCAAAGAGGAGAAUUACAGAAUGUCUCUGAGGUCAGUUGCUGGCGAGUUUUGCUUGCUGCAACAACUUGGCCACACUGAAGGUUAUAGAUGCAUUUUGACUUGAAAGCAGUAAAAUGACAUCAAAAGCAUCUGAUUCUCCUGGCAUAUUUGAUAAAAUGGGUUCAAUGAAGAUUAUGUAUAGAUUUCAGUAAAAAGAGCUGUACAAGAGGACACAAGUCGCCAGUUUGACCUCUCCUGUGUUGUUGCGGGGGCGCUUGAGUUCAUGGUAGGGGAUUUCUAAGUAAACCCAAUUUAAAUGCACGGAGCAGAAUUUAUUCACAUUCAUACUUGUCUGUCUGCUUCUUCCCCUCCUCCGCCAUCCUUGUCGAUUUAAGAUUGCAGGGGGUCCCUGAGGGCCGGCAGGCAGGCUCCUCACGCAUCUUCUUCAUGCAGGAGGAGUGCGAUACGAUAAUCUUUAUUGAAAAAAUCUACAUCAGACAUUCACUGUACAUUGGAUAUAAGUAAUUUAUUUCCCAAUCUGGCCUCCCUUAACCUUAAAAAACCAUCAACAACCACCACCCAGCAACCAUUUCACUUUAGGGCUGGGCUCAGUUGCAAGAGAAAAAUACGUAAACAUUUGUGGUUUGCUUGCUGCCCUUCCUGAAAGCGCUUUAGUGUGUAUUAAUUGACACAGGAAAUGGGCAAGAGACUGCUCUGCUUCUAGGCAUGCACAAACUUUCAUUCCUGCUUUGGGCAUCCCAGCUAAUUCAGGUGCUACAAAGCCUCAUGGCAGCAACUCAUGAUGUGCUUGCAUUUAAGCUUGUGUUGCAGAGUGGCUGCAGCCCAUGCGCUGGCAAACUCGAGGCUGGAUUGCUACAAUGUGCUCUAUGUGGUGCUGCCCUUGGGGCCGGUGCAGAAGGCCCAGCAGGUGCAGAUUGCAGUGGCCAGACUGCAGGUGGGGGCACCUGGCCUGCAACACGUGAUGCUACGCUGAGAAGAGUUUGCAUGGGCGACACGAUGGAAACAUCUUAAUUGUCUGAAGCGAAAUGAUUAAGAGAAUUGAAAAAUGCCCCCCACUUAUGCUGUUCUCUCCAGAGAGCCUUGCCUGACCCUGAAUCUACUGCUGGUUGGCACUGGGCACCAGGGGCCAUUUCAUUUCCUUAAUGUUAACCCUUUCAGUCCUUUAAUAAUGUUAGGAUUGAUGCUUGCUCUUCCCCUCGGCUCUUGUGAGUUGGCUGCCAUGUAUUGAUAUCAGAUCUUUUCCCCCCACCUCUACUUUCUCCCAGGAUAGGGCAGAAGGGUGGGUUAUUAAAUGUUACAAACAAAUUAAAAAGUAGCCAAGACAGACAAUGCUCUGCCUGAGCCUUUAGAAGAGGGGCGAAGACCCCUCAAUAACAGCCCCAAAUGGCACCCCUGUUGCCCCCAAUACUUAAGCAAGAGUCUCUUGUGGCAGCCAUUUUGAGGUGUAAGGUGGAGGGAGGUGGGGGGUUUGAGACUUGUGGAAAAAUAUUAAUAUGUGUAUUUGGCUCCCUUUCUCCACCCACCCCAGGUAAAAUGGCUCCCUUCUGGCUCUCCCUCUGGAUGGUUCUCUGGAGUCUCCUCACAGCUGGCAGUUUCAGGCUCACAACCUUAAGACUCCUUAUCCAAGAUGGCGCUGCUGUUGAGGAUGUGGAGUCAUACAACCUCCCUGCCAACGCAGGCUCUCAGUUCGCUUCCCCAGGACAGUGGGUGUGGAAGAGAGCAGGAGAUGAUGGCCAGGAAUCCCCUCAGUUACCUUGCGGAAAGAAGGAUGGUAGCUGUAAGAACCCUCCUGCGGCCACCGCAGAACAAGCCCGGAAAAGUCUCACAGUCGCAGAGGCUGCAGCAGAGAGUUCUACAUCUCUUGGAGACAAUUACAAUGGUGCCACUGCUGAAGUGCCUACUAAUGCCACAACAACUCUAGAUACCUUUGGGAAAGUAUCCACAGAAGUUGGCACCACCAUAGAAGUAACCCAUUUAAGUACCACAAAGAGCUCUCGUGCUCCAGUGCCCCGUGUCCGCCGCCUUGCUCCCACAGUGGGCAAAACUGUAUCACAAUCUAUGCCUACUGAGACAGAAAAGGUUGCUACUGCCCUCCAAGAAACAAUGAUGGUUUUAGGGGUUCCUGAGAAACUGUUGGUUGGAGCAACAAGCUCUCAGUUCAUGGUGGCCAGUUCAGAUGUUUCCACAGCGAAGUUGAGGCAAGCCGUUGGCACAACCAAGCCUUCCUUCAUAACAAAGGGAAAGGUGAAAUUUCCUCACUCGACUGUGAAGCCAAGCCCCACCACCGAUUGGCCAUUGUUGGAUGAUGUGACAAGCUCUCAGUCCAUGGUGGCCAGUUCAGAUGUUUCCACAGCGAAGUUGAGGCAAGCCGUUGGCACAACCAAGCCUUCCUUCAUAACAAAGGGAAAGGUGAAAUUUCCUCACUCGACUGAGAAGCCAAGCCCCACCACAGAUUGGCCAUUGUUGGAUGAUGUGACAAGCUCUCAGUCCAUGGUGGCCAGUUCAGAUGUUUCCACAGCGAAGUUGAGGCAAGCUGUUGGCACAACCAAGCCUUCCUUCAUAACAAAGGGAAAGGUGAAAUUUCCUCACUCGACUGAGAAGCCAAGCCCCACCACCGACUGGCCAUUGUUGGAUGAUGUGACAAGCUCUCAGUCCAUGGUGGCCAGUUCAGAUGUUUCCACAGCGAAGUUGAGGCAAGCUGUUGGCACAACCAAGCCUUCCUUCAUAGCAAAGGGAAAGGUGAAAUUGCCUCACUCGACUGAGAAGCCAAGCCCCACCACAGAUUGGCCAUUGUUGGAUGAUGUGACAAGCUCUCAGUCCAUGGUGGCCAGUUCAGAUGUUUCCACAGCGAAGUUGAGGCAAGCCGUUGGCACAACCAAACCUUCCUUCAUAGUAAAGGUUGCUAUCUCAGCUACCAUCACCACCACCAAGGAGAAGCCCCGCUCAGUGACAUUUCUCAGUGGCACCACCAUCUUGGUAGGGAAGUGUUUACUGUGGAUCUUCAUCCUGGCCCUCAUUGCCGGCAUUUUCAUAGUGGCCACUGGUGUCCUCGCGACCAUGCUCUGCCGCCAGAAACGGGCCUACAAAAUGAAUGAGCGCAACCACACAGAGAUGGUGUGCAUCUCAUCCCUGCUAGCUGCUGAAGAAGCAGAGGAGGCCGGAGGGAGGCACCCCAGGGUGAAAAGGGUAAAGAUGCGUGGGGAGAAUGGAUCAGAGGCGGAUAUGGACAACUUGACUCUGAACAGCUUCUUGCCGGAGCAUUAAUAUGGUUCUCUGGUUCUUUCUAGAAACUCCUCACGUUCACCAGAGUUGUGUUUUACAAUGCGAAGCACUUUCAUGCCAGAUCUACUCCAUCCAGAACUAUCUUUAAAAUAUAUGUUGUCCUACACUCACGACACAUCUCUCAGUGGCAAGCAGUUCAACAGGCGAAGCACUUAGCAAAGUCUAGUUUCCUUUGAAGGAGACCACUGUCCGGAAUUUCCCUGACACAUCAGGGAUUCGUCCGUAGAAAGUAGCGGAAUUUUUAAAAAUUGGUUUGCAACCCAUAUGGGAAGUGGGGUUGGCAAUAUGAAGAUGCUCAUUUUCACUUUUUGUAACAUGGCAGCCCUAAUUUACAACGAUGUGGUGGCACGGAUUUCGCACUCACACAGAAAACCAAGGCCCCUUCUCUCACAGCAGAUCUCCAGGGAGACUGCCAGUCGCCUAGCAGAGCCCAAAACGUGACUUUUUAUUUCUCUGACUCAAAACUGCCAGUUACCUUUAAACAGGUGAGGAAAGUUCUGUCCCCCUCCUCUAAUUUACACUUUUCUCUUCAGAAGAUGAUCCUGUAUCCAGAAACAACAGGGCCAGCCCCAGACGUUAUCUUGCCUGAGAGAAAGGAGCUGCUGCCAACCUCCUUAUUGCCCAAACAGCAGCAAGAUGAGCAGAGAAUUUAAUCUUUGUCUCACCUGGAGGCCACAUCCUCUGCCACACCUGAAAGGAGCUAGUUGGGGCAGGAGGGCAGGCUGUGGGGCACACUGUGUCCCCACCAACAUCUCUCACUGUCUGAGGCAGCUGCUUCACCUGGCACAAAGAAGCCAUGAAUGAAUUAUUGACUUCCCCCGGCAACCUAUCACUUGCAGUUUACCUAAGAAAAGGAUGUGCCAGGCAGGAUAAGGCCAGGAGGCUUCUGACCCACCACCUGCCUAAGUCAUGCACUUUGAUGAACAAGUACUAUUUUCUUUUGUUUCAGGUUUGCUAGUCAUAGGGCAGGGGGGGGUAAAGGAUGCUGGGCUCCCACUGCUUACCAUUUGAUUCAGUCACCUAUCUGAUAUAUGAAGAUUUCUGCAGACAUUUACCCCACCCCCAACUUUCAUGUCUACAUUUUUUAAACCAUAAUGCUACAAACACACAAUUUGUUUUUUACUAAACCAAAAAUGUUAGGAUUAUCAACAAGCACAAAUAAUGUGGGAUUGCAGACAAGGAAAAUACUGUUUGCACUUGGAAAAGAUUUGAAGCAGUUUCCAAUCAGCGCAUGUCCUGCAGGAGCAAUCCUGUAAGUUUUCAUUUAACAAAAGUGUGUCUUCUGCAAACCUCUCUGACUGCUGUAUGACAUUCUUGGGGACAGUCUAAUCCUGGGGCACCCAAGCCAAGCACCCAUUACGCACAGCUCAAAUCAGAUGUUUAUCCCCCUGGGGAGGGCUGCUCCCUCCAUGUGAUUCACCCACCGCAGGCUGAAAUGUGAGUGAGCUCUAACUCUGCCGAUAAACAGCAGCAUGCCAAAGGAUUGUGCUAAGAAGCACUAUUUUGCAGAGAGGGGAUCAAGCAGAGAGAAUUUGCCAGCCAUGCCAGACUAUGGAUUUUGCUCUCCCUCUUGCCCUUACUGGUGAGAAGGAGCCACGGCCCCCUUGGCUCCCCACAGAUGGACGACUUUGAUCUUGUGAAGUUUCAGCUGUAAAUCUGGGAGUGAAACAUACAGGAAGGCAAAGAUAGUGUCACAUUAAUGAAAUCUAGAGAAAGCUAAGUCAGUUUAUUUCCUGUGGUGUUUUUGGUGUGUUUACAACCUAGUAUUUCUUUGGACUUCUUGAAUGAAUUUUGAAUGUGUUUGGGGUCUGGAUGUGGGUCCUAAAGAUAAUGUGUAUUUCAAAUGAUGAAAUAUAUUGAAAUACAGAAGUGGCUCUAAGUUCAUGCAUAAGACUUUUUGGUUUUUUGGCAUUCUCAAUAUUGGGGGUUCCUUUCCUUUCUAAGUUCACAUUUCCUGAGGCAUGCUUUAGAAAUGCCUGCAGAUGAGAGAUCCAAAAUUAGAAAAUACAUCCUUUAAUAAAAUGCAGUCAAGAUGCACUGUCUGUCUGGCCAAAUAUAUUGUUACAAAAGUCAGGUGCUUGCCCCUCUCUCUGCCAAGCGGUGUCAAGAGCCCAGGGGUCCCAGGCACCGCCACAGGGACUGUGUCCCUUUGGAAAAUAGAAAAGCCGGCGACUAUCUGGCUUUAAGAAAUAUGAUUUAUUCACCUAUCUACACCUUCAGUCUGCAUGGAGAGAGUCCAGAUCUUACGACAUGGUCGUUGCAAGAGGCAGCAACGUAGGCAACCUGCAGCUAGCACCCUCCAAAGAUGGAUCUCAGCCCUUUUCUCUCCUCCUUCUUCCAAGAAACCCCUUGCCCUCUGUCCAUACCCCAGGGCAGGAAGAAAGAAGUUCUCUUGCACGGAAUGGCUCUCUAUGGUUCCCUUAAUGGUCCUGGCUUGGGCAGGCUACCCAGGAAUUCCGCUGCAAUUUAUAUUUCUCCCUUCCCAUCCCUAAUUAUCGCAAUCCUAGAAUUCAUUAAUUUCUAGGGUUUGGGGUACCCCCCCAAAAAAACCUAUACCACAUAUAUAUACAAUCUGGACCCUAUUCUGGAGUUCAUGGGUGUCAAAGACCGCAGUGUGCCAAAACGGGGUAGGCAACCUAAGGCCCGGGGGCCGGAUGCAGCCCAAUCGCCUUCUAAAUCCGGCCCAUGGAUGGUCUGGGAAUCAGUGUGUUUUUACAUGAGUAGAAUGUGUGCUUUUAUUUAUAAUGCAUCUCUGGGUUAUUUGUGGGGCAUAGGAAUUCAUUCAUUUCCCCCCCCCCCAAAAAAAAUAUAGUCCAGCCCACCACAUGGUCUGAGGGAUGGUGGACCGGCCCAGGGCUGAAAAAGGUUGCUGACCCCUGUGCUAGAAACUAAAAUCUGUUAAAAAAAAAAAAACGAACCCCCCCCCCCCCCCAUUGCUCAGGAGUUAAAGAUACAAGUCUAGAGAAUCCUAGUUUUCAGCUCCACCACAGUGGGAUUUCACUCUACCUUAGCAGGGGACUUUUUAAGGGCCACAGGAAGCCGGAAACCUUGAUUAAAUCCCAACUUUGGGGAGGG